CUAAAAGACUAGAAAACUAUCUAUAAAGCCGCACUUGCUCGAAGAACCAGCUUCCUUUUAUCCAAUUAACAGUUCACUUGGGUACUUCCUUCUGUCGUGCUCCAAAUCUCCAAUGUCAUCUCUUCAUUUUCCCACCAUUUCCCUUUCUCCUCUUCCCGCUAAAACUCAAGCUCGUCUCGUCUCUUUAGUCCGUUGUCACUCCGACCGUUUUCGUCAACCGACCUAUGCCUUCCACCGUCGUUGUCUGGAACUCGGGCGUCGCGUGUCGAGUCCGAACCUUCACCGAAUCACGGCAGAAGCUUCUCCGACGAGAAGCCCUAUGGUUCCUCCUUAUAAUGUAUUGAUCACUGGUUCCACUAAAGGAAUAGGAUAUGCGCUUGCUAAAGAGUUCCUAAAAGCAGGUGACAAUGUUUUAAUCUGCUCUAGAUCAGGUCAACGGGUGGAGUUGGCAGUUCAAAACUUGAGGCAGGAGUUCGGGGAGCAGCAUGUGUGGGGUACUACCUGUGAUGUUAAAAAAGGGGAUGAUGUCAAAGAUUUAGUAGCAUUUGCCCAUGAUAAGCUCAAAUACAUUGAUAUAUGGAUUAAUAAUGCAGGAUCAAAUGCAUACAGCUUUAAGCCAUUGGCAGAAACUUCAGAUGAAGAUCUUAUAGAAGUUGUUACAACAAACACACUUGGUCUAAUGAUAUGUUGCCGAGAGGCAAUAAAGAUGAUGUUGAACCAGCCUCGAGGAGGUCAUAUUUUCAACAUUGAUGGGGCUGGUUCAGAUGGAAGACCAACUCCAAGAUUUGCUGCAUAUGGGGCAACAAAACGUAGUGUAGUUCACUUGACAAAGUCAUUACAGGCUGAAUUACAGAUGCAAGAUGUUAAAAAUGUUGUGGUGCAUAACCUAUCGCCCGGUAUGGUUACAACUGAUCUUCUCAUGGCUGGGGCCACUUCAAAGCAGGCCAAAUUUUUCAUUAAUGUUUUAGCAGAACCAGCAGAAGUGGUUGCAGAAUAUCUCGUUCCAAGCAUCAGAUCCAUCCCAAGCAAUGGUUCCAUGAAACCAACCUACAUUCGUUUUCUCACUGGGUUGAAGGCCUGCUCCCAGAUAUUCUCAGUUAAGAAAAGUCAUUUAUUUCUUAUACAGAAACCUUUUUUUUUUUUUAUUUCGCAACUCAAAUAAUUGUAUGCAGUCCUUAAGUUCAUAGAUGGUUUGUUGCUAAUUGAUUUUAUUGUUCUCUUCUUUCUUUCACCCUUUUUAAAUUUCUUUGU